AUGCCGCUUACAGUGCUUGCGCAACGGAAAGCUUUCUUUCCACUACCAGUCAGUGCAGCGUUACUAUUUAUUGGCAUUCUGACGGUAUAUGUUACAGCGGACAUCGAUCAGCAGCGUGUUCGGUUUCGGCUUACCAACGGAAAUAUGAAAAUCUGGGGAAGAGAUCCGUUUUUUAUCACUGCAAAAUAUCGCCGUAAUAAUGGUGAAAUUGGCGCUAAUUUGUUGUUGGGUAGUGGUUGGUGGGGUCUUUGUCGUCAUCCGAAUUAUUUCUGCGAAUGGUUCACAUUUGCUUGUUGGACAGUGUUGCAAGGGACGUUUACAUUUUUCUGCUGUUUUCCCCUUCUCUUCCUCACAUGCUUUUUGUAUCAACGAAUUAUCCACGACGAACUAAGGUUGCUUUUCCUCUGUGUUCUCGAAAGCAAAAGUGUAAUAUUCUUCUCAAGAGUGAUAUAG